AAGCAAGUAGAAGCAAAUUUGUGUCCCAGAAUAAUCUGGUAACAAGCUCAUCUGAGGAAGGAUAUAUAAAAGGCAAGAGAAGGCGCUGAAUUGGCUUACGAUCAACUCGGAUUCCAGCUCAUAAUCACCACAUCACUAUUUAUCUAAAAUUCCACUUUACAACUGCAACAAUGGGAGACGUUCUUCAGGCCAUCGGGUUUGUUAGCUCUGCGUUGGGAAUCUUCGGCUUUUUUAAGGCCAACCUUCCUUCGAAUGCACCCAAUGGUGCUGUCAUUCGAAUGAAAGUUGGAAAUCAGGACUAUGACAGUGAAAGUUACGGAGGAGGAAUUGCGCGUGUGAUCGGCUAUGACCAGCAAAAUAGAAUUGUUGGCAAUGCUUACAAUAAGAAAAUCUCCAAUGGUGAUUUCCAAGACAUUACUCUUGAUCAAGAGACAGACGGCAUCCAGUCAAAAUACAUCGGUAUCGUCAGCACUGGCGACGCCAUCUGUCUUUCCUGGAUAACUUUAAAAAACCGAGAUGGUGCAAGUGACUCUGCAUGGAUUGGCGAUAUUGGAAAGUCAUGUGGUCAAAACUGGGCCUGGGGAAAUCAAGAAGCUGGAUAUGUUCAGGACACUGGCGAAAGAAUCAGUCCAUCAUGCACGUGGCUAGACGCGGAUCACACCAACGACAUUGCAUCAGGUGCUAUGAAGAUUAAUUUUUCGGCCUAUGCAGACAAUUUGAAUGAUGCCAUCAGCAGUGGCCGAGCAUGCAGCGCGACAUCGUUCUCGUACGGCGCUGGCGAAAUCGAUGGAGCCCCCGGGAAGAAGCGUGACGUUUCACUCAAGCCACGCCGUCCCGAAUCGAUGACCAAGCGCAUUAUCAUCUCCACGGAAAAUCCAACACAUAAUGCCACAGAAUUGUGCACACACCCCAUGAGUCAUAGUUCAGAUGUUGUUGGCUCAGAUGGCUACUACUGCAACAUGGAGACCCGAGAGCUGCACCCGCUUUGUUCUUCGUUCAACGUUGACGGGUGUGUAACCGUCGACAUUGAAAGCGGAAAGAUCCAGAAGAGGAAAUCACUCGGAAAGCGUACCGCUAAUGUGCACUACCGGUCAUACGAGAAAGUAUCAGUAUGGUAGACUGGGAGGCCAAUUUUACAGAUUGCAGAGCAAAGUCAAGGGGUGUGUAACCACACUAUAGAUGGUAGUCUGGGAACUUCGCGGCGCACCUAUCUGAAG